UUACUUAAGCCUAGCUCUGAAAUCAUAAUAACGAGCAUAUUCUUAUGUUUGCCAUGCUUGACUAAGCUAAGAGCGCUCAAUGCCGGACCAAGGCGAAAACAAACCACACCUAAGUCAUGGCAGCGAAAAUAAAGCUAAACCAUGCUCAGUGCCAUUUGAGCCGCAGCAAUAUAGCGACAAGUCGACGGAAAUUAAAUUUCAGCGCAACGUCGAUGGAAAACAAACCUUAGAUGGGAGACAAAAAACCAUAAAAAAAAAGACAAAAAAGAUUGAAAAUAGACCGUGAAGCGCAAAACGAAUCUAUUUUAGCGCAUUUAAACACGGAAACGAAACCCACGCUUUCUCCUGUCGACAGCAUAAGCUGCAAACGUGCACAGUUUGUUUGCUUCACGCUUUUGUUCUCUACGUACUUGAUUUCGGUAGUGAGGCCACAACUGUUCACCCUUUGACGUCGCCAAAUGGCAAGUAGAGCAACAGUGUAACCAAGAAUUUUCCAUCAGUUCUACAAAAAACGUCCACGAAUAAAGACAAGUGCUUUGCGUACGACACACAUGACAGUCAACUUUUUUAUGCGCUUUUUGCACUAGAUCUACAUACAUAUACGUACCACCAGCUGUGGUCACAAUUGCGACGUGAAAUUAAAUUUUCUUUUCGCUGCAGCUUUGUUGCACAUCAACAGUGACUGGCGAGAAGAUAUGCAAAGUAUUUUAAUUUGAAAGUUUUGCAAAAAAAAAACGGAGAAAAAACUGGUAUUUUUCCUUAUUUUCGGCCGAAAGUUGCAGCAGUUGUGGUCGUCCCGUGUCGCUGCAAAGGGCACUUGCAAAUGAAAAGUUUUGAAAUUUUCGCCAAUCAAUUCCUGCAGCUGCUACGUGCCGGUGUGAAAAUGUUAUCAACACAUCGCCAAGUGCAUGGCUUGCUGCUGUUAGCUUUAAGCAUUUCACUUGCAAUGGUGCAUGCCACACCCGCGCCAGCGCCAGCGCCAGCACCAGCACCGACCCCACCAGCAACCAACAGCGGCGCACCUAGUGUGAAUGCAGAGACUGAUGUGCUGCGUUUAUCCUACGAACUCGAGCGUUGGCUGGACACAGAGAAACGUCCUUGUCAGGACUUCUAUGGCUAUGUUUGUGGCAAGACAAUAAACAGCACAAGGGAGCAAGUUGAGGAGCGUUUGCAGCGCGAACAGCAAAAGUUUGAUAAAUUCCUCGGUGCCAAUAACAACGAUGAGCUGCUCGAUGCUGAGCUAAAGCUAAAGCAAUUCUAUGACUCCUGCAAAAGUGCGCGCUCGGUGGAGGAACUGAAGGCAUCGUUUAUGUAUCGACAAAGUGGUGGUUGGCCGGCGAUUGAUAGCGCCGCCGCAAUGUUGCGCCGUCGCCGCGCCAUGACAUGGAUGGAUGUGGUUAGCGCCUUCCACGAGGCGGGGGUAAAUUACUUUUUCACCCAACACGUUGAAAUUAAGUCAAAUAAGCGAAUUGUCUAUCUGCAAGUGGAAGAUGUGAUGCGCUACACGUUACGCAAAUUCGAGCAGUUGGUGGGCGAUGUGCUGGUCGAGUAUGGCGUAGAUGUGGAUCGUGGCAGACUAAUUGCUCUGGAGAUAUUGAACUUUGAACGCAAUCGACGUGAGAUAUUGAAGGACGAGUUGAAAGAGGUUGACACAGAAUACACAUAUGGCGAGUUUAAGGCUUCUUCUUUUGGUACAACGCUGCAAAUCGAUUGGGAUUUGUACUUUAAGAGCACGCUUGGCAAACCACUGAAGCAAAGCGACACUGUUGUGGUGCAUAAGAAGACCAAGCUGGUAAAAGUUUUCGAAUUUCUGCAGCAAACAACAAUGACGCGAUUGCUGAAUUGGAUUUGGAUUGAUUAUUUGAUGGACAAGAGCAGCGCUGACUGCCAGGCACUCGCGCAACAGUUCUUUCAGCCCGUCUAUCAUCACAUUGUCGAACACGCCUUUCUCGAUAAAGUGCAAAUGGCGCAGCUGUAUUCGAGCAUCGGUCGCGCCUAUGACGACCAACUGCCUGCCAGCGCUUGGAUCGAUGAAAUGUCCCAGCAGAAUUCACAUCUCUUUCUGGGUCGUGUCAUGCAUCUCACCCUAAACGGCGAUGACAAUUUAGACGCCGACUAUGCCAAAUUGCAAAUCACCAACCGUAAUUUCUAUCGUAAUCUCGAGAAAGUGCAGCGCAUGCUGGCGCAACAAAGCAAGAAUCCGCGCCAUGUCACGCGCGUCGGCAGCGCUUCAAUUGCCGACACCACACAAAUCGCCGGCAACUUUAUGCGCAUUUUCGUCACCGUCAGCGCGCUAAUGCAGCAGCAAAAUCUAACGGCACCUCUUAGUCAUGUGCUGGUGGGCGAACGCUUCGCCGAGCAAAUGAUCGCCAGCGGCAGUACGACACAAACGUCAGGCGCCUGGCGUAGCAUGGAAUCAGAACGCGAUUUUGCAACGUUGCGGCAGUGCGUGAAGCAACAGCAGCAGCAGCAGCAGACGGGUACGGCAGAGUUGCCUUACAAUUUGAAUGAGUUGUUGGUGAAGUUACUGGCUCAACAGUUGGCAUUGCAGACAUACGAGCAGUGGCAGCAACACAAUGAGCGUUUGGUGCGUCGUUUAGACACUUUGUUGGCCGCGGGUCGUUUACAAUUAUCCAUGGCGAAACUUUAUUUCAUCGGCUCAGUGCUGACUGAGUGUAGGCAACUGGAGAGUGUUGAGAAAAAGCAGCUGCUAAAUGGAUAUUUCCGUAACUCAUUGAAAUUUAAGCAGGCAUUCCGAUGUCGUACAACAGAUGAAUUGUAUGCGCGUAAUACAUGCAAAGUGCUCUGAGUGAAGUUGCAAGGCGGAGCGCGGAGUGGGGUGUGGCUUAAUAAGCGAAUAUUGUUAACUCGACAGGAUUAGGUUUAGCGAUAUUUAGAAUCAAAGUUCGAUUUUGAGGCAAUGCUUUUGAACUUAAUAAAUACUUAGCAAUGAACGAAUAAAAAAAAAAAA